AUGAGCACAUUGGAACGUCUUAAAAGUAACUUGAAGACAUAUUUGGAAUAUGGUGGGGAUUCGGUGACAUCAGAAUAUUUAGAAGGUGCUUUGGAAAUUAUUAAAAGCGAAUUAAAAGAAAUUCAAUCUAAUAUUUUAUCCAGUAUCGAGAUUAGGAAUGUUAACUAUGUGAAAUCAGCACAACAACUUGAUAAUAUACAUAAUCAAAUAUGUGGUACAACUAGGACCUUGAAGGAUAUAAAAUUGAGAUUAGAGAAUUUGAUGGAGUCUACAGACUCCGCACAAGAAGUAGAUGAGAAAGCUAAAAUAUGCAAGAUAAAGAGUGAAAUAGAUACUCUGGAUUCAGCUUGUUCAGUUUUUGAAGUAAUGAGUUGGCUACAAUCAAUAUUUGCGGAAUUUGACAUAUAUCUUGCUCAAAAUGAAUUUGAUAUGGCUGCAGACACUCUUUGCAAUGCGUAUAAUAAACUUAAGGAUAUAUCACUUGAUGAAAAUAAUAUUGUAGGGGAAAAUAAUACACAUUUUACAGAUAUAGCUUCUUUUGACAAUGUAUUUGAAGAUAUUAUGAUGGAGUACUUGUUUCGACGUGGGAAAUUAGUUAGUACUGUGGAAAAACUUUUUAAGAAGAUAUUUGUGGUAAAAGAUAACGAAAUUACAGUAAGAAUUACAUUUCCAAGUAAUUGUUUAAAUCAAAAUAUAACUUUAGAUAGCUGUCAAGAUUCAGAAGAUUCAUUUUACUACAAAGAGGGUGAAAUGUUUUGUGUGAAACUUCAAGAUAUAUGGUAUGCCUUAUCUUCUGUUGGAAUAUUAGAUGAGCAUAUUGAUCACAUCUGUAGAUUAUGUAUAAAUAAGAUUUUGGAUCCUCUUAUUGAGAAAUGUAUUAAGAUUUCGAAUGAUUCCGAAUGUAAAUACUGUCUUAUUCCAGAGAUAACUAGAGAAGUAUCAGAGAAUAAGUGGAGCUAUAAAGUAUCAUCACAGGAAAAAGGUGAAACCAAACUUUCAUCUAGUUUAACAGUAUAUGAUUAUGUGAUACCAGUUAUAUCAUCAAUAUUAAGCUUUUUAGUAGAAUACUGUCUAGCUGGUAAUAUUCAUAUUCUCUCUUCUUUUGGAAAGUCUCUCUGGAGCUGGCUUAGUCGUCGUCUAUUAUAUGGUUUAGUAACCCCAAAUUCUAGAGAUGGACAACUUUUGAGAGAUUUAGAAAUUCAUGCACGUUCUCUUCAGUUAAUUCCUCUUAAUGAAAAUACUAUUACAUCUUAUGUAGGUCAAUUAGAGACUACAAGGUACGAGGAAAAGAAAAUUGAAGCUCUAUCACUAGCUAGAGAGUGGAUUAUGAAGGACGAUAUAUCAAUAGUUUUAGUAGAUGAUUCUACAGAAAUUGGAUCACUUACAAAUCUAUUGAAACAAUGUGGAGUUCAAAGUGGUAAACCUAUAGAUAAAUCUAAUGACUUACUAAGUAAGAUGUCAAUAGUUGGAAGUGGACUAUGUAUGGAUAAUGCUGUAACUUCAAUCCAAGAAACAAAUGAGAGUUUUUUGUCACUUCCAUCUUGUGGAAUUACUACUUCUACAUAUUUAUUCGUUCAAAAGUUACAUCAAAUACUUGAUGAAGCUAUUCAGAAUAAUCAAAAGCAUUGUACAGGUGCUGCAAAGCAAGGAUAUUAUUUGGUCCGUGAAUUAGUUAUGCUUUUUAUUAUGCUAAGACCUGCAUUCCAUAGCUCAAAGCUUCUGAGUGAUCCUCUAUUUGCAGCAACAUUUUAUACAGACUGCUCGUAUAUUAUUCAUCAUCUAGUGCUUUUCCCUUUUACUUAUGGAAAUAAACUACCUACUCCACUUGGUCAAAUAGGAUCAUUUGUUGAUAUGAUCUUAACUUUAAGAAAAUUACAAGAGACUGCAUUUUCAAAUUUAAUUGAGGCUGAAGUAAAGUGUAUAGAAAUAUCCCUUAUUGAUAAAGGACUCUCUGUUGAAAAUAUUCGGCAAAUGUCAUAUGACGAUGUAUAUAUUGAGGCUGAAACAAGCUCCAUUUCUGCUAUUCAACGUCUUAAACAAUUAGCUUCUACUUUUUCUAGUACAUUAGCAAUGAAUAUUUAUUUAAAGUGCUUUGGAUAUCUUGUAGAUAAAACAAUCCAAGUUAUCCUUAAACAAAUCUUACAGGUGGCAGUCUCUGCACGAGCUGAGUCAAUGACACCCGAUGAUGCAUCUGCUUUGGCAUUAUUAUUGAAUAAUAUUGCAAACCAAAUUCAACGGUUAUUUACAUUUCAUAUUCCUAAAGCUCAGGAUUUAGUCUCACCAAGUAUGAAUAAUGUGGCGAGGCUCACUUAUUCAAAUGCUCCUAGUUUAGAAUCUUUUGUUAGCUACUGGGAUCCCUUUACAGCCAUUAGAAAUACUCUGGAUGCAGAUAUUGCAAGUGUAGUGCAACACAAAGACAAAUUAAAGAAGUAUUUUCAACCUGUAGAAAUAAGGGGAGUCCUUACACUUAAUCCCUUUUUAUCAUGUGAUGUUGAUGAAAUAUAUUAUCUUAUCAUGUCCAGUGAUUAA